AGGUACGUUCCUGUUUCACUCAAAUUUCGCUGUUUCUGCUCAUUGCCAGUCUAAAUAACGAUGGACGACGAAAACUCACUGUAAUGACUUGAAACCACCCGGAACAGUUUAUAUUUAAGACAAAGAUCUCGAUAAUUUAAGCAUAAAUGUUCAUAAAUAUAUAAAUAUAAAAAUAUUUCCAAAAUGCCUGCGAUUUUGACAAAGAUCAGAGAACAGGCCUCGAGGGUACAACCCUCGAUAGCUUUAGGAGUUGGAGUGGGGGUAGCUCUAGCCGCCUGCGCAGUCUAUGGCACCAGAGACAAGAAACACGCACCUCCUUGCAACAACAAUAAUAAUUAUAAGGUUGCUAAAAAUGGCAAACUCCACAAUGUGGAUAAUGGCACAGCGAAUGGAGACACAUGCGGCGGCCGGUGCGGGGCUGAGCAGUGUGCGCUGUGCAGAGGAGACGCCGACACAGAUAAUAAACAGAAUAUUGAAGACGCAGAUGAGACCCAAUCGGUAGAGGAACACAUUCCAGGUCUGAACCUGGAGUUCAUCCGACAGCUGAUCUCCCUCGCCCGCAUAAUGGUGCCAGGAGUCAGGAGUCACGAGGUCGCCAUACUGUCUGCACAUACCCUGUGCCUCUUCACAAGAACCUUCCUGUCUAUUUAUGUGGCUUCCUUGGAGGGAUCUAUUGUAAAACACAUAGUCCAAAAAGACAUGCGUCGGUUCGCUAUGCUGCUACUCCAGUGGUUCGGGAUAGCUAUUCCAGCGACCUUCAUCAAUUCCAUGAUCAGAUACCUGGAGAGCAGACUAGCUCUGGCCUUCAGAACCCGCCUGGUGAACCAUGCCUAUGAGCUCUACUUCAAGAACCAGACUUACUACAGAGUCGCCAAUUUAGAUGCUAGGAUUGAAAAUGCUGAUCAUAGGUUAACAGAAGACGUGUCAGUAUUCACGCAGUCAGUGGCCCACCUGUACAGUUCGCUGACGAAGCCAUGCUUCGACCUGCUCCUCAUUGUGCUCACCCUCGCCACCUACUCCAACAAGAUGAAGGGCAAUAUAUUUAUUGGUCCCAGCAUAGCCACAGUAGUGAUCUGCCUGACGGGCCAGCUGUUGCGGCUAUUGAGUCCAAAGUUUGGUGCCCUGGCCGGUGAGGAGGCGCGAAUGAAGGCCAACUUGAGGCAUGUCCACGCCAGGCUCAUUGCCCACGCUGAGGAGGUCGCCUUCUAUGGUGGACAUAAGGUGGAACUAAGUCAGCUCCAAGCUGCCUACAAGGAGCUAGUGGCGCAGAUGACGUCAGUGUUCAACAAGAAGCUCUGGUACGUGAUGUUGGAGCAGUUCUGUAUGAAGUACGUCUGGUCGGGGACUGGAAUGGUCAUGUUGGCGUUACCUAUAUUGACGGCCACGCACUCGCAGAGAGACGGAAGCAGUAUAAGUGACCGCGCUGAAUACAUGACGACAUCCAGGAAUCUACUCAACUCGGCCGCUGACGCCAUCGAGAGGCUCAUGUCCAGCUACAAGGAGAUAGUGACGCUGGCGGGCUACGCGACGCGCGUGUCGGACAUGCUGGUGGUGUUCGGCGAGGUGGCCCGCGGGCGCUGCGUGCGCGCCGUGCACGUGCAGCCGCACGCCGCCUUCCAGGUCACCUUCCGGGACAACUCGCCCGUGCCCGACGGUAAAAUAGUAUACACAUCGGACCUGUCGAUAAAGCUCCGCAACGUGCCCAUAGUGACGCCGGCGUGCGACGUAGUGGCGGCCGGGGUCUCUCUAGACAUCGCGCCCGGGACGCAUCUACUCAUUGUUGGACCUAAUGGAUGCGGGAAGUCCAGUUUGUUCCGCAUAGUGUCGGGGCUGUGGCCCGUGUUCGGCGGCGAGCUGCACGUGCCGCGGCCGUGCGCCUGCGCACACUGCGCCGACGACGGCGGCGCGCCCGCGGGGUACUGCGCCUCGCGACCCAUCAUGUUCUACAUCCCGCAGAGGCCGUACAUGUCGCAGGGCUCGCUGAUCGACCAGGUGACGUACCCGUCCCGCGCGGCGGCGGACGACGAGGCGGCGGCGCGGCGCGCGGCGGCCAUCCUGCGGCUGAAGCAGAGGAUGGCCAUGGCCAGGAUGUUCUACCACAGGCCCGUGUACGCGUUACUGGACGAGUGUACGAGCGCGGUGUCCAUGGAGACCGAGGUCGUCAUGUACGAGGAGGCAGUCAAAGAGGGAAUAACUCUACUGUCCAUCACUCACAGGCCUAGCGUCUGGAAAUACCACACACAUGUCCUAGAAUUCGACGGCUGUGGGAACUGGUCAUACAGACCGCUCGACAAGGACACGCACGUCACUACCGCACUGCCAUCUAUCGCGCCGCCCACCAACAACAACACUACUGACGACCAACAACAACACUGA